AAUAGUGAGGUGUAUUUUGACUUCGUGUUACAAAUAUUUUGCAAAUAAAUCAUCUACAGUCUAAUAAUAUAGCAAUAUUCAAAUGAAUUUAAAUUGUUGCAAGUUAUAUACAAUAUUUGAUUGAAUUUCGAGUAUAACUAAUUUUAUAGAUUUCGCUGAAUAAAGUUGUAGAAGACGACAUCAGCUGCGACGGAACAGCAGAGCCGAUUGGCAGACGAUACGUUUUUAAGCCAUAUAUAUAUGUUAGACUCACUUUACGUAAAUCACACAAAUAUACAUAAAUGUAAAUCUUUGUGGUCGGGCCCACUGUCUUCUGUUCAAGUAACAGCAACACCUCAAGUGUAUUACCUGAAAGCCACUUUAAUAUUUUCUAAUACUCGUGUGAAAUUGCUUAAUAUAAUCUAAAAUCGGUGAAUAAAAAUAGCAGGCAUAUAAGGCAAGAAAGUUUAAAAAUUCAAAAACCAACAUCGAUCGAUCUCUAUACACGACAUAACGGUAUUUGUAUUCAAUAUUAAUUAACACACAAAUCGCUUAAACGAAAACGAUAAAGUCAUGGAAUUUCUAUUUGGGUCACGUUCAAGCAAAACUUUUAAGCCAAAAAAAAAUAUACCAGAAGGUACUCACCAAUAUGAUUUAAUGAAACAUGCGGCUGCUACUUUGGGUUCUGGUAAUUUACGUAAUGCUGUCGCAUUGCCGGAUGGAGAAGACCUUAAUGAAUGGGUCGCUGUUAAUACUGUCGAUUUCUUCAACCAAAUAAAUAUGUUAUAUGGUACUAUUACUGAGUUUUGUACCGAAGAGAGUUGUGUUAUUAUGUCUGCAGGACCGAAGUAUGAAUAUCAUUGGGCGGAUGGACUUACUGUGAAGAAGCCUAUUAAAUGCAGUGCACCUAAGUAUAUUGAUUACCUAAUGACGUGGGUGCAAGACCAACUAGACGAUGAGACGCUGUUCCCAUCGAAAAUAGGCAUACCGUUUCCAAAGAAUUUUCUCAGCAUAGCGAAAACUAUUCUGAAACGUUUAUUUCGAGUUUACGCACAUAUAUACCAUCAACAUUUCUCGGAAGUCGUUACUCUAGGUGAAGAGGCACAUUUGAAUACAUCCUUUAAGCACUUUAUAUUCUUCGUUCAAGAGUUUAACUUAAUUGAUCGGCGCGAACUAGCUCCACUGCAGGAACUUAUUGAUAAGUUGACAGCUAAAGAUGAGCGGCAAAUAUAGGAUUCAUUGCAAGUCGGGAUGCAAUUGGAGUUUUGAGUGUGAACGAUCUUAUUAAGGAACACACUCUUCGAAAAUCAACACUAACAUACAUACAUACGUACACAUACAUUAAGAAAUAGUUGGAAGACCUUGAAAAUAGAAACAUAUGUUGAAGGUUUCGUACAUUUUUUCGUUGAAUAUUAUAUUUCAAUAACCUCAAAACUAUUAAUAUCCUCGUACGAUUUAAAAUUUAAUUUUUACAAUUAGAAUAAUGUAAGCGCAAGUGUGCAACAAGUAUAUGUAUAUUGCAGCCUACAUUGUUACUACUACUAAAAUUGAAAGCUAGAAUUUUUAAUUUAUUCUCUAAAUAUAAAUAUUUAUAUUAUAAUAAUUUUUUUUGAAGUAGCUUUACAGCGACAAAUGCAAUAAACAAUUCUAUUUUAUUUGUAAUUAAUGUUAGUUGCUGUUUUAAGGUUUUUUUGAAAAUGCUAAUUUCAAGGUCCUCUUAAAAGAACACUUAGAAAUGUACUCAUUUAGAGCUAAUGCCAACAUUUCGCAUAUAAAAGAUGCAAACAAGCAUGAA